AUGAACGCGAUAUUAUACACAUUUCUACAGUUGAACAUAUUGCAUUCAUGUUUUCCUGUCGGACGGAUAGCAGUGGCAAUUACCACGCUUGCGACAGAGACGACUACAGUCGUCGUGGAGCGAGAGACGGAAAGAGACGAGGAACAAGAGGAGGAGCAGCAGGAAAUCGAGAACGUACCGAUGACGGAACAGGUUAUGGAUCCGGACAUAAAAAUAACUGACGUGCCCGACGUGGAGGAAACCAUCGAGGAGGACCGGGAGGCCACUUGGGACAAGAACAAGGUCAUCAGAGACGUUGCGUACUAUAUUCGAGCGCACAAAUUCCGGGAUUACGAUCGCCGUUAUCACAAACAGCUCGAAGAUUCCCCGUACAGACUCUAUGAGCAAUUCCCUAAACCGCCUUUGAGAUCUCUGCACUGGGAAGUGCGUAGACACUGUGACGCGAGUUUCGUCGAGUGUUUGAAAUAUCUCGAGAGAGUCAUCGAACGGACCGCCCUCAAACGAGAGGACGACACUGUAACGGUCAUGAAGAAACAAAAGUGGAAUCCGGCAGAGCACGAAAAGGAGAUCCUCGCUGCCCAAAAGGACUGUCAAACAGCCCUGAAACGCGACGACCUGACCGUGAUACCCUUUCAAGGUCCAAUAGAACGUUUCCAGUGGCGGACGACUGUGAGUUACUACAUGUGCUGGUACACGAUGCUCGAGGUUCCGGAGCUGAGCAUCUUCGGCGAGUCUUGCGACAAUCACGCCGAUUGCCAGUUUCCGUCCGAGGGAGAUCCGAGGGCUGACGACGCUCAACCGUAUGCCUGCGCCCUUUAUAGCUUCUGCCCGGACCAUUGUUGCCCCAUAAAACGAGUACGUGAUAUGACGGAUUGCUAUCAGUCCACGCUGAAUCCCUGCUACGCCGGGAACCCACCGGCCGAGAGGGAGUGUACGUUGAACCGACAAGAGAAUCAGGAUCUCCUCAGCCUGGUGGCGAAUCGUAUCAACAUCAGCUGCGAGUGUCGCGACGCCGGUUACGAAUGGUCGUCCAGAUUUGGGAUCUGCGUCGACGUGAACGAGUGCAUCCGUGGGGGACACGAUUGCUCGAAAGAGGACGGGGAAAUCUGCAUGAAUCUACCUGGCAAUUUCGAGUGCGUCUGCAAGUUCGGCUACGUUUACGAUUUGGGGCGGAAGGAUUGCGUCUUCAGUUCUGAGAUCGAGGACGUGUUGGCCGGAGAGAAGGACGAGACGAACGUGACCAAAACUAAGAGCAUCAUAGACCAGAUAGUAAAAGCCAUUGCGAGGUCCCACAGCGAUCGUGUCGCCAUACACCGCGUGCUCCUUCUUGCUGCGACUGUUUCCACUUUUUCCUUACUCCUUAAUGAGAUGGAAUAA